AUGAAUUUUCUCAGUGACGAAACAAAACUAAAAAAAGUAAUAUGUCAUGUUAAAACUGACAGUUUGACAGUUGGUAGCGCAGGUGGCAAAAUGUUGACAAAUAAUGGUAAUAUAAUGAUUAAUUCUUCGUAUGAUAAUAUAUCAUCGGCAAAUUAUGAUAAAAAUCCAAUUUUUGAAGAAUUACAAGGUCUAACAAAAGAUCUUCGUCAAUUUUUGGAUGCUCGAUUUCAAAAAGGCUCGAUUGAUCAUGAUUUACAACAAACAAUUCGUGAUAAUUUAUAUAUGAGAACAGUUCCUUGUACAACACGUCCUCCUCGUCCUGGUGAAACAAAUGGUCAGGAUUACACAUUUUUAAGUGUUAAAGAAUUUAAAGCAUUAGAAAAAAGUGGCAAUCUACUUGAAAACGGUGUUUAUAAAGGACAUUACUACGGAACACCGAGACCGCCAAAAGAGUCGGGUACAAAUUUAUUAAAACGAAGUAAUUCUGUGAAUGAAAUGUUUUCAAAUCAACAACAACAACAACAACAGCAACAGCACCAACAAACUCAUCGAAAUGUCAAGGAAAAUGGAAAUGGAGAACCAGAUUAUCUUCAUUCUUAUCCGUUGAAUAUUAAUAAUGAUCCAGAAUUUUUCAAUGGACACGAAUUAGAAACUCACAUGUAUAAUUCUAGUGGCGAAAGUCCACAAGCGUCAUCGACUUCUUCAUUCUCAAAUAAUGUUCAACAUCCAUCACUGCCAUUUUUACCGAAUAAUCACCACAACAAUCAUCAUCCAUCAUAUUCGAACAACGAAAAUGGACAAUCAAAUCAUCAUUCAUCACAUCAACAGCGUCAUCCUCGUCAUAAUUCAACUGCAAUUGAUUUGAAUCGUUCUCAAUCUCCAGCACAUCUUUCUGGUGAAUUAAUUUCGUGUACACUACACAAAGGCCAAGGAGGUUUCGGAUUUACCAUUAUUGGUGGUAAUGAAAAAGGUGAACAUUAUUUACAAAUAAAACAAAUUUUACCAGAUUCACCUGCUUAUCGUGAUGGUCAAUUAGCUCAAGGUGAUAUUCUUGUCUAUGUAAAUAAUCAAAAUGUACUUGGAUAUUCACAUACCGAUGUUGUUAAAAUAUUUCAAUCAUUAUCGAUUGGUGAUGCUAUACGACUGACCGUAUGUCGAGGAUAUCCGUUAGCCGUUGAUUUUGAUGAUCCAACAGUUGAUGUUAUUUCAUUAAAUGGUGUAAAUGGAAAUGGAAAUGGAUUAAUAAAAAGUCCAUUAACGAUACCUCCCACAACCGAAUUAUUGAAUGGAGGUUAUACAGAAUAUUAUGGACAACGUGAAAGAGAACAAGAUCAACAAUUAUAUCAAUUAUCAAUACGAAAAGGUGAAAAAGGAUUUGGUUUCACGGUGGCUGAUAGUCUCAAUGGACAACGUGUUAAAACAAUUGUUGAUAAACAACGUUGUCAUGGUUUGUGUGAAGGAGAUUUAUUAUUAUCUAUUAAUGGAAUCGAUUUAACGGGCAAGAAACAUUUGGAAAUUGUUGACAUAUUAAUUCGGUGUACAGAUGAAAAUGAUACAAUUUUUAUAGUUAAAAGAGGACAAGGAGACACCAAUACGAUUAAUGAAACAACGAAUCCGGUUGUGAACAAUACAUCGAAUACAAACACAAAUAAUAAUAAUAAUAAUAAUAAUAAUAACAACAACAAUAAUAAUAACAAUAAUAAUCACAAUAACAAAAAUCUGAUAGUAGAAAAGAAUAAUCAUUUCAAUAAUUUAAAUCAGGAAGAUCAAUCGACAGUACCAAUUCCGAUUAUACAUGAUUUUAAUGAAAAACCGCGAAGUAAAACUCCAACGCCAUAUAGUAACGCUCCAUUAGCUGAUCCAUUACCAUUACGUUCAAGAACUCCAUUACCAAAUAGUUCAAAUCGAAAUAUUGGCAGUUCUACUCGUACUCAAUCAUCGACAAAUCCAUAUGAUAAUAAUCUAAGUUUUUUAAAACACACCGGUCGUAAUCAAAAUCAUAAUGAUAAUCAUAAUACUCAGUCUUCUAUUGAAGAUACGUUCGCUAUAGCUGAAACAUUUCAUUCAAAACCGUCCAUAACACCAAUGUAUAAUAACGAAGAAUAUCAUCCUCAUACAAUUGAUCAAAAUGGACAUACAUUUGAUCGACAUACAUUAUGGACGAGAAGUGCACGGGAUAUAAGACCGAAUGAUAAUAAUGUGCUAAAUAAUAUAUCAUCUCUGUCUACAACAAAACUAGCAUCAAAUGGUGGUGGUAGUGUACGAAGUAAAACUCCUGGACCAGAAUUUAAUUCAUCUAUACCAUAUCGAAAUAAUAUAAACGGUCAUUUAAAACAAAGAAGUAAAACACCGACAACAGCCGAUUUUUCCUCAUAUAAUAAUACAUUACCCAUGCAAAGAGAACAACAACAAUAUGAACAAAGGAUACAUAACAGUCGAUCAUUACAAUCAGUAAAUUCACAUCAAUAUUAUGAUUUAGUUGUUAAUUUAACAUUACUGAGACCAGAAGAUGGAUUUGGUUUUCGUAUUAUUGGUGGAGAAGAAGAUAGAUCUCAAGUGGCUGUUGGACUUAUUGUACCGAAUUCUCCCGCAUAUAUCGACGGUCGUUUAAAACCGGGUGAUGAAAUAAUUAAAAUUGAUGGACACUCUUGUAUACGAUCAUCACAUGAAAAAGUGGUUGAGUUAAUGCAACAGGCAAAACAAAAUCAACGAGUUAGUCUUUUAGUUAGACGAUAUCAAGAACAUCAACAACCAAUUGUAAAUGGAAAUGGAACGAAUUUUAUAUCAGCUCGUCCACUAGAAAAUGAUCAUCAUCCACUGUAUCCUUCGAAUACUGUAAAACGUAAUGUUCUUACAUCUCUACCAUCAAUGAAUAAUGAUAAUAACAAUAAUGGGGGAGUGCGUUUUAUCACUCUGUAUAAAACAAAUGAUACUCAAAGUUUUGGAUUUGUUAUUAUAUCAUCUCAAAAUAAAGCAGGUGCUACUGUUGACCCAUUAUUUCGAGAUCAUUCUAUGUGUGAUGAACAAAAAGUUUGGAUAGGAAAAAUUAUUCCAAACAGUCCAGCUGAUUAUUCUCGACAAUUAUUCGUAAAUGAUCGUAUUUUGGCAGUUAAUAACGUUGAUAUUACACACAUGUUACAUACAGAUGUUGUGAAUUUAAUUAAAGAAUCUGGCCGAUCAAUAACAUUAAAAAUUGCACCAUAUCAUGAUGAUCGAUCCUUUGAUGUUGAUGGUAUGCGAUCCACUUUACCUACUGAGAAUCGUUUACAAAAACCCUAUUUAUCUCAAUCAAACUCUUCAAAUGGUGUUAGUAAUGGUCAUCAUCAACAAUCUUCAAUUCGACCAUCUUCCUCAUCACCGAUGGUUAUUGCACCAAAUAGUGGAAUUAAUCAGCUACAAUAUCAAGUUCAACAACAGUAUCAAACAUCAAUUAAUAAUAAUAAUAAUAAUAAUCACUUGAGAAAUGCAUUUUCACAUAAUCCAUUAAAUAUUUUAGAAAGAAAUCCAAAUCGACCUGUUUCAAGAGCCAAUGGUAUUUCAAAAUCUACAUCAUCUGAUGAUUAUUUUACCAUCGAUCUUCAACGUCCUCAUCCAUCGUCAAGUUUUGGUUUCAGUAUUCGAGGUGGUAGAGAAUUUAGCAUCCCAUUAUUUAUCUUAAAAUUAGCUGACGACGGUCCAGCAGCUAGAGAUGGAAGAAUGAGGCCUGGCGAUCAAAUAAUUGAAAUAAAUAAUCGAUCAACAUACGGUAUGACUCAUCAAGAUGCUAUUUCACUGAUUAAAGAUGGUGGAUUGUAUGUCAGAUUAUUAAUUCGAAAGACAAAUGCCCCACCACCAAGUCUUGAUGAAGUCAAAACAGCGAUGACCAGUCCAAUAUUAAAUUCAAAUGACUUAACUGCCUUGUCACCCUUACAAUCGAAUGGAUAUGGUCAUCAACAUCAUCCUCCUUUACCAUCCGGUUGGCAUAAUAUUAUGCCAUCUGUUCCAUCGCCAUUACCGAAACCUGAACGUGCUAUUAUUGGUUUUUUUCUUUACGUAGCAUCAUUAUUCUUAUUUGUUGUUUAUGUAUUAUGGGCCUAUAUACCCAAUCAAUGGUUAGAUUAUAUUGGUAUCACAUAUUAUCCUCAUAAAUAUUGGUCGAUUGUCUUUGCAUUACUAGUUAUUAUACUAAUAUUAUCAAUUGUAUUAUGUAAUUUUUGCAUCAAUAAUUUAUCAGUACCAUCGUUAGAUGAUUUUCGUUUAAUACAUGAUCGAUAUGUUCGAUUACCACCAUCAAAUUUAUUUCAAAAUGAUAUUGAUUGUAUUCCUCCAGUAUUUGACAUGGAAUUGAAAUAUGUUAAUCAUGUUCUUUAUUCAACAUCUUGA